UUGUCCUGUACUUGGUAAAAAUUACAGGUUAGGACGAUACCUCCUCCCGGCGAGAGUCGUCAAUUUGUAUGGAGUAACAUGAUAUAAAUUUAUUAUGAAAAAAUGGCAUGUUUGUUUAACAGACAAGUGUUCAGAAAACUGGCUAAAAUGCAAGUUGCCAGAUACGGUCAUAAAGUGGAUCAUUGGUCUCGGAUUAGAAAGAAAAAGACACAUAUGGACAGAGCACUGAAACAUUUCGACGAGUUCUAUGGUAAUGUCUAUGGAAAGUCAUGGGAAAGUAUAAGAACUGCGUUACUGAUGGAAGAGCACAAGUACAUGGCUGUUGUGAACAGCUUCAGUGAUAUCGAUAGAAUAAAGUCAGAGUUAGAGUCCCACGGCGCUAUGAAUCUGAAAACAAUUUACGAAAUCUAUAAGGAGUAUAUUGAUGAAAAACCAUGUAAAUCUGAUAAAAAAAGGAGAGAGGAAAAUCAAGCUAGUGAUCGAAUGGAAGCUAUGAUUUCUGACGCCGAAAUGUCGGUGGUGCAGUCGCAUUAUCCUGUGGAUUAUGAGUCACCGCCAACAUCUCUAAGUACAAAUAACGAAGCUGAAGAUGUAACGGCGAAGGACCAAGCGUUGCAGCCUAUAGAAAUGAAAUCUAUUGACUCAAAUUUGAGUGAAGUCGCUUUAGACGAAAAUCGAAUCGUGCACCCCAAUGCCGGCUUGAGCGGAUUAUACGAAUUUGUACCAGCCACAAAAAUCAAAGGUAUGGAAGAUUGGGUAUUGGAGUCGCAGCACUACGGCUAUUACAAAGAGGGCUCGGAGUUUUCCGUAAACGUCGAGAAGGAAAUGGUGUUGACGUUUCCGCAGUUUCUCAACAUUUAUACGUUUGAGGGAAGCAAUAACAGCAAAUUUCCAUCCCCGAGGAAAGGAUCAACCGGCGUCUCAGAUUAUUAUCUCCUGGAUGGUGCCUCCGUGUUACCCAUAUUUGCCUUGGACUUGCAACCUGGUGACGCCGUGCUAGAUAUGUGCGCGGCACCGGGAGGUAAGAUGUUGAGCAUUCUUCAGACACUCAUGCCGCAAAUGUUGGUGGCUAACGACAUUCAAAAGUCUCGAGUGAACAGGAUCCACAGUGUCAUAAAUCAAUACGUAGCCGGCAUCGGCAACUGGGAGGAUAGGUUGAUUGUGACACAGCGAGACGCGAGAUUUAUUGACGACAAGGAUAUGUUUAACAAGAUCUUGGUGGAUGUGCCGUGUACUACGGACAGACACGUUUUGCAUUCGGAAGACAACAACCUCUUCAAACCGCAGAGGAUUCAGGAGAGAUUAAAAAUACCUGAGUUGCAAGCGGCCAUUCUGACUAAUGCGCUGAAGAUAAUAUCGGUCGGCGGUACGGUCGUGUAUGCUACUUGUUCCCUCAGUCCUAUUCAGAACGACGGCGUCGUCGGUAUGGCGCUGAAAAAGGCCUGGGAGGAAACCAAUUCUAUCAUGAUUGUAAAAGAUAUGAGCGAAGCGCUGAAUCCAUUAAGAUGCCUUUAUAGAUUCGGCAAUUUUGGAUUAAAAUACGGCCAUAUCGCCAUUCCUACGCUCAGUAAUAAUUGGGGUCCCAUGUACUUUUGUAAAAUAGUACGAACACGGUAACACUAGGUAGUGUCUGAUCGUUCGCUUCCUCGUCAGGUGCUUCAAUCUGGUUCCAGGGUUGUUCGUUACCGCUCCCAAAGGUAGUGUAAACCACUAUUUCGAUUAUGUAUAGAAUGACCGUUACGAGAAAUAUAAUUCUCCAUGCCUCUAUGGUUUGCUGUAAAUAAUUAAAAUAAAAUCAAUAUACGCCGAUGAGAUCGGCGUAAAGUAAAGAAAAA